CUUUCUACCCCGCAUCUGGAUGAAAAACAUCUGGAGCGCUCGGUCCGCGUCCAUGACUUUCCCCGCAAACGGACCCCGGUACCAGACUCAUACCGAGCGACGGCCCCAGCGUGCCCGAGGACGAUGGCCCGGUUCUGGAAUAUGCAGAACGCCGUGGUCCUCCUGAGCGUUGCGGCGGUGGCGUCGCUGAGCCAUCUCAACUUCAACGUGUGCAAGUGGUGCGAAGCGUCCAGUCCGGUGUGCCAGGACGACGUCUGCCUCUCCAACUGUUCCUUGUCCUCCUUCUGCACCUACCUGGAGGAGAUCUGCGUCUCCAUAUGGAGAAAGAUGAACGACACAACAACAGUGCACACCAUGUGUCACGACCCCGCGCUACCGCUAGAGGGCGUGGAGGCGGGGCUACUGCGCAAUGUCACCUCCAGAGAGUGUCACAUGGUGUGGCAGCCAGCAGAUGUGGGUGUGGCUAUGGUGUGCGGUUGCCGCGGCGAACAUGAAUGCAACGACAAGCUGAUCUUCACCGACAGCUUCUCUAGGCUGCACAGCAAGGACGUGGCCCCCGUGGUGGCCGUCAGCCUGCUGCCGCCCCUCUUUCUGGCUGCCAUCGCCACGGCCGCCUUCUGUUUCCACCGCACGCGCCGCCAAGGUAAACACGGCCGUCCCGUCGGACUCCGGUGGCCCGCCAAGACCAACGGUAACCGUCCUUGCGGGGGCAGACGGGAGAGUAGCGUUCAAAGUGAGGAGUCGACGGCCAAGGUGGCGUCCCUUCACAGUGGCGCGAGCGUGCCGCUUCCCGUCAAACUGGAGGUGCUGGUGGGCAAAGGACGCUUUGCAGAGGUCUGGAGGGCACGAUUGCUGCCGAAAGACACGGUUGCAGUUAAAGUGUUUCUCGCCGCGGAAUACGCCUCGUGGAGAAACGAGAGCGCCAUCUUGUCCGACCCCGAGCUGGAACAUGACAACGUCGUCGGAUUCCGCGCAGCUGAAGCCCGAGGUCCAGCAGGUCACGCUAUGACCACAUAUUGGCUGGUCUUGACGUAUUACCACCUAGGAAACCUGCAAGACUUCCUCGUGACCAACGUCCUCAACUGGGAGGAGCUGGUCACCAUGGCAACCAGCCUUGCUCGUGGCUUGGCUCACCUUCACAGUGACACCACACCCACCGGGGUGCCCAAGUUGCCGGUGGCUCAUCGGGACGUGAAGAGUAGCAACAUUAUGCUGAAGAAGAACGGGGAAUGUGUUCUGUGCGAUUUUGGCCUGGCACUCAAACUGGACCUCUCCCUCACGGUGGACGACUACGCCAACAGCGGACAGGUGGGCACGGCCCGCUACAUGGCUCCAGAGGUACUGGAGUCCAGAGUCAACUUGGACGAUGUGGAGGCCUUCAAGCAGAUGGACGUGUACUCCAUGGCCUUGGUCCUGUGGGAGAUGGCCUCCCGCUGCAGCGCCGUCGGAGAGGUGAGAAGCUAUGAGCCGGCGUUUGGCUCCAAAGGGUGCGAGCACCCUUGCGUGGACAGCAUGCGAGAUCUUGUGCUGAGAGACCGACGACGACCCGACAUGCCGACCGCCUGGACGCAGCAUCAGGGAAUGGACGUCUUCUGCUCCACCGUGGGGGAGUGCUGGGAUCACGACCCCGAGGCCCGGCUGACAGCGCCCUGCGUGCUGGAGCGCUUUGCCGCCCUGCAGCAGGACCAAGUGGAGAAAACGGGCACAUCAGAAGGUGAUGACGGUAGAGCAAAGACGCCAGAGGAUGUCGGCCAUGCUGAAAGUGCUCCUCCUCAGGGGCACAACGUGUGAUUGCAUGAAGACUUUUCCAUGUAGGCUGCUGAUCUUCAGAGUGACCACGUAAGCAGAAGUAGUCAUGUGACGCCGCGACUUCAACGUCAAAGAACAAUUUUUCUGAUCUCAUUUCCUCAGUAAGGCAGCUGACUCAACACAUUCCAAAGUCUUCUUCCUAAAAAAGGUUGUCUUGAAAACAACAGGAAGUGGCUUCUCAUUGGUCAGUUACCUGUGUGAAGUAUGAAAAGGGGCGGGACUAAUGUUAAACAGUGCUGCUCGCCCCUGUGGCCACAUUUUUUGUGACUAAUUGCACUGGGCAGACAUGUUCACCACUUCCUGUUCUAGGACAACCAAUCAAGUGGCUUUAAGAUUACCAUGCUCUCUGAUGGUAUUUUGUUUUUGCAUGUGAGUCUGCACUAGCCAGAAUACUUGAAUGUCUUGGGACUGUAACCCUACCAACAUACCCAUAUUGACGAUUCCCUUAAACCCGAACCCUUUCAACUAACAAAGCCAUAUCAACGAUUCUAACCUUAGCCACAAACCCACCACCCCUAAACCCAUCCAUCCAUCCAUCCAUCCAUCUUCUUCUGCUUAUCCGAGGUCGGGUCGCGGGGGCAGCAGCCUAAGCAGGGAAGCCCAGACUUUCCUCUCCCCAGCCACUUCGUCCAGCUCUUCCCGGGGCAUCCCAAAGGGGUUCCCAGGCCAGCCGGGAGACAUAGUCUUCCCAACGUGUCCUGGGUCUUACCCGUGGCCUCCUACCGGUUGGACGUGCCCUAAACACCUCCCGAGGGAGGCGUUCGGGUGGCAUCCUGACGAGAUGCCCGAACCACCUCAUCUGGCUCCUCUCUAUGUGAAGGAGCAGUGGCUUUACUUUGAGCUCCCCCCGGAUGGCAGAGCUUCUCACCCUAUCUCUAAGGGAGAGCCCCGAAACUCAUUUCAUCCGCCUGUACCCGUGAUCUUGUCCUUUCGGUCAUAACCCAAAGCUCAUGACCAUAGGUGAGAAUGGGAACGUAGAUCGACCGGUAAAUUGAGAGCUUUGCCUUCCGGCUCAGCUCCUUCUUCACCACAACGGAUCGAUACAGCGUCCGCAUUACUGAAGACCCUAAACCCUUUUUGAAUCAAUUGCUAUAUCAACCAUUGUCACCCUAACCUCAAACCCAACGUUCCGACGACCGUCCAGUGUUCUUUGUCUUAUUGUCUGUCCUUAGCGUGGGACAAAUGUUGGGAUCUAUUCAUCGUCGUGAAGUGGGUGGAGCCUAUGCCAGCGGUCACUCUGUACUGAUCAGCUGUCAUUCGCAGAGAACUAUAAGACUAUAUGAGGCACUACAACAACCAUGACCCCAGACCUUCUGCUGUCUCACAUGGAAGUCCAAAGGGAGGUGGACAAUACCAACCCCAGACACUUGAUUAUUUAUUUAGCUAAAAGCUAAAUAAUACUUUCCAAUCUUGAGACCUCCAAAUUCGGGAGA